AUGAACCUAGGCACAAUGCAUUCAGCUGGCAAGAUUCAUCUAAACUUUGGAAUGCUCAUGUUGGUCAUCCUCACAGGACGCCCACCAUUCUUAGGGACUGAUGGAGACGGUCAGCAGAUCACUACAUGGGCGUCCGAGCGCAUCUCCUUGGGGGAGAUGGGAAGCCUCAAAGACCCCACCAUGGACGCCCCUACAGAUGCUGUGCUGCGUGUGGCUCAGCUCGCCCUCUCCUGCACCGCGGAGCGCACUGCAACCCGGCCAAGCAUGGCACAUGUCGCCAACGAGCUGCAGGCCAUCCGGGAGGAGUGGGUGGGGAAAGAGGAGCUCAGCGCGGCUGUCAAGGUGGAUACGCAGGAGCGCAGUGAGGAGUGCAGUGAGGAGUGCAGUGAGGAGUGCAGUGGGGAGUGCAGUGAGGAGUGCAGUGAGGAGCGCAGUGAGGAGUGCAGUGAGGAGUGCAGUGAGGAGUGGAGUGAGGAGUGCAGUGAGGAGUGCGGUGAGGAGUGGAGUGAGGAGUGCAGUGAGGAGGGCAGUGAGGAGUGCAGUGAGGAGUGGAGUGAGGAGUGCAGCGAGGAGUGCAGUGAGGAGUGCAGUAAGGAGUGCAGUGAGGAGUACACACCGCAACAUGGGUGA